CUUGCUGAACGAACGAACAGUUGGAAUCGAACACGGUAGCAAGAAAUAUGCAAAGUUUAACCAUGGAUAAUUUCCAGGAUAAGAGUGACAAUUCUCUACUAGAUUUGAGCUUCGAAAAUAUUGGUUCCACUCUUGGCACAGAGAGUACAUUGAACAACAAAUUUGGCAUGGAAGAGAAUCGUGAGGAAAUCAUGUUUUCCAGUAACACCGAACCAGAAGUUAAAGCAAAAGAUGGUGAUGUUUUCGAUGAGUGUAUGCCUAUGAUCCAGAGUACAUACAAAGAUGAAAUGUUAAAUGAUAAGGACGAACCAUUUUCGGUAGUGGAUCAAAUUUCGGCACCUCCGCGAAAGGCGGCCAAUGAGUCAUCGAAUGCUGACCUCAUGGAUGAGGUUGAAAGUGACUACAUGAAUCCGUAUGCAAGCAUACGACCGCAGAUAGAAGAAAAACCAUCCUUGUUCGAGGAGUCAGCUGCUACUGUUGCUCCUUCUGCACCGUCUUCGGAUGAAGUUCCAGUUCCAGAGAUGAAACCACCACUUGAAGAAAAGAAUGGUACUACAGAAAACAACACUACUGAGCCAGUAGCAGCCACCGUUACUUGCGCAACAUCUUCCGAGGAAUGCAUAAAGAUUGAACAAAUGUUUAAGGAUUACGGGCUGGAUACGUGGUUCAAUCCGGCGAGACUACACCCUAAAGUGGAAUCUCUUAUCUAUUGGCGUGAUGUAAAGAAAUCGGCGGUGGUAUUCGGAGGGGGCCUUGCCAUCCUGCUGGCCAUGUCGCUGUUCUCGCUGAUCAGCGUAUUUUCGUACCUAUCCUUGCUGCUACUGUUCGGAACUAUCUCAUUCCGGAUCUAUAAGAACGUUCUGCAGGCCGUGCAGAAAACCUCCGAGGGUCACCCAUUCAAGGACUACUUGGAACUGGAUCUUACCUUGUCGCAGGAGAAGGUACAACAGCUGGCUACCGUUGCCGUGGCUCACGUGAACGCUUUAGUGACCGGAUUAAGGCGCCUAUUUUUGGUAGAGGAUCUCGUAGAUUCGAUCAAAUUUGGAGUUUUGCUGUACUGGUUGACAUACGUUGGAGCACUGUUCAAUGGAAUGACAUGCGUUAUGAUCGGAUUUGUGGCUCUGUUCACCUUGCCAAAAGUUUACGAAAAUAACAAACAGUCCAUUGACACCCAUUUAGAGAUGGUUCGAAGCAAAAUUCAGGAAAUCACAGAAAAAGUGAAGGCAGCUGUCCCACUGGGCAAGAAAACUGAAACCGAGAAAACUAAGUAAAACCAAGUAGCCGUCGUGUUUGAAGGCACACACACUCACACACAGACAGACACAACAAGAGUCAUCAAUGAAAAAGUUGCUAAAAAAGAUAUUAUUAGCAUUCGAAUACUUGCUGUUGUUUGUACUUUGCUUUUGAAGUUUUAUGCCACCUAUUUUGUUUGAAUCUGCUUUGUAAUGCCAUCAUCGAACGAGUUUUACUACAAGAGGUGAAAAUCAAAAUUUAAAAUUACCGUAGACUUCCGAACAAAACACUAAUAAUGCAGUUCUUAAAUGGAACACGAACAAAAGCGGAAGUCGGGGCAAGAAGUCUAUGGAUGUGUCGCGUGCGCGAAUAGAGUCGUCAUUGAGAUUAUGUGGUUCGCAUUCUUGGCGUAAGAAAUAGUGUUACUCUCAUAAGAAAAUAUAACAUACCUUGAAAUUGCGUGUGAUUGUAAUGAAAUUGAGCGUUACGUAUGCUUUAUUGGCACGGCCUUAAUGUCAUGGUUUUGGUUAAACUCCUCACCAUCAUUACGUUGUUCGCGAAACUUUGACAAAUCGUCGUUGUUUUAUUAUUAUGUUUUUAAAAUUUCGCUUGCCUUCCGUAACGACAGACAGAUUUGAUUGCAGAAGAAAAAGGAGCAAAAGCUAUAGGAGGUCGAUACAACACUUCAUGUAGAAUUUACAGCACAUGCUUAAAUUAAAGUAUAGAAACAUCGGAAACAAAAAUCAAUAUAACAAAUCUCAAAUAUGGAUAAAAUAAUCUGCAUUACAGUAAAUGUUUCGCCAUAGCUAGAAAAUAAAACUACAGACCUUUCUAUCUUAAUAACAA